AAUGAGAGCUGGCUGGCGGCCUCAGAGGACACCCUGAGCCAUACCUGCAACGGGGGGCUCCUUGGGGAGACGGCAGCCUGUCAGCUAUGGCUCAAGAAUUUGUGAACAGCAAAAUUCAGCCUAGGAAGGUGGUUGUGUUCAUCAAACCCACUUGCCCCUACUGCAGGAGGACCCAAGAGAUCCUCUGUCAGCUGCCCCUCAAACAGGGGUUUAUGGAAUUUGUCGAUAUCACAGCCACUAGCUACACAGAUGAGAUUCAAGAUUAUUUGCAACAGCUCACAGGAGCAAGAACGGUGCCCCGAGUCUUCAUUGGUAAAGAAUGUAUAGGUGGAUGCAGUGACCUCAUAACCAUGCAAGAGCGUGGGGAGCUGGUGCCCCGCCUCCGGCAGAUCGGAGCUCUGCAAUAGUCACAGGAGCGUGGCAGAGCAGGGCCCAGCUGAUCAUCCCCUCCAGAGCUGACCAGCAUCACCAAGGAUGGCAGUGCUUCCUGAUGGAUGGAACCUGGGACACAGACAGCUUUUUCUUCUUUUGGCUCAGUAUUAAAAAGUGGACCAACCUGCCUCUAACCACAGGGCUGAGAAGGUUGACGGGCUAUCUUGGUUUUCUUCUGCCUUGGUCCUUUGGGUUCCAGGAGAUGGUGACAAUUUCUGGCCCAGGAUUCACUCACCGACCCAAGAUUUGUUCUUUGUCCUCAGCGUGUGUUUCUUACUGUUCUUCUGCAUGGUGGCAAACCUCUCCCUGUUAGACAGCGUUUCUCAGCCACCUUUGUCCAGACCUGCCCCAGGAUGGACCUGUGCUCAGUUUCUGCUACUGCCCAUCAGCUGGAACCAUUUUGCUGAACUUAACUUUAUGGAGUUGGUGUUAUAAAAUCAGGGGAGAGGUAUAUUUUGAAUGUGUUCUUUCAAACUACAUGCGUCCCUCCACCCACCUUGAGAAUUAAGGCUCCGAGACAGUGUUUGCUACCUGGCCCUCUCAGAGAUCCUCAGGAAAUACCCCACCAUUGUGUGAAAGGUCUGGGGACCAAGUGUGAGACUGUGCAGAGUGAAAAAGGAUCGGGCUUCACUGGUGUGGAGGGGGCCAGAGGCACCAGCAGAGAGGCCGUGGUCACGGGGCCAGAGGCGCCGGCGCAGAGGCUAUGGUCAUGGGGCCAGAGGCGCCAGCAGAGGCCGUGGUCACAGGGCCAGAGGCACCAGCACAGAGGCCGUGGUCACGGGGCCAGAGGUGCCAGCACAGAGGCCACGGUUAUGUGGCCACAGUCGGUGUAAGGUAGUUAUCCAGGCAGGUGAUCCUGAGCCACCGUGUGCUAAUUUAGAUUGCCAGCAAAAUGAAAACAGAAGCUGUAGGCCGUUAUCGUGGAAAACUUGCAGCCCGCCCCUCCCAGUAGGUCUGUGAAAGAGCCAAAUGUGAGAGUCGCUGUCCUGAGGAGUCUUUUACCUGCCUUUGAAAACUUGAUUUCUUUUCAGGAAGUUUGUUCUAAAAUUGAAAGAGUAAGUUCAUUUUCUUUAGCAGUCUCUACUGAAAAUUGUCAAUUCCUAAUAAAGUACUGAUAGAUGACAAA